AUAGUAAACGUCAUGUAUUCAUGUCACAUACAGAUGGUUGUUGAUUAAGGAAAAUAGAACAAUAUUUUUGUUAGGUACUAAUUAAAAAUAUUUAUGCGUAAUAUUGUAAAGUACACUUUUUAAUCAUUUUUUAAUUAGAUUGAAAAACCGUAGUAGGCAUUAUAUGGGUAAUAAAAUAACCUUAAAACGAUAAUAUUCUGAGUAUGCUUCUAAAGAAAGCUUAGUUUUAGUGUAAAGAGUUUUAAUUAUUAGUUUCAAUGUUUUGGGAUCAUGUGUACGCAAACAGGCACAUCAUGCAGGAGUUUGAAGACGUAGUUAUCCAUAAAACAAGCGUUUCCGUGUUUGUGGCGUUGUUUUAUUUGGAAAUGCUUUAUAUAUUAUUGAUGACUCUUUCCAUAUUGAAUAGAUUGAAUCAAAACCUGUCGUGGUGAAAGAUACCAGUUUAAAAAUGGUUGAGGCUGUCAAACCUCCAGAGAGACUAUAUUUAUGGAAGGAAAAAGACGGAAGGGAAGAUGUGUUCGUUGAAUACAAUAACAUUUACGAUCAUCAGACAGAUGGAUUAAGAUUUCUGUUCAAACAGUUUAAAAAUAAAAACCCCGGAGUCAUCUUGAACUUUCCGCAACAGUGUGGCAAAUCUGUAACAAUAGUAUUAUUUCUGUACGCAAUAAGGAAGCUGUUACAACAACCUGUGCUGGUUCUAUGCAAGGAUAGCCAGGAUGCAGAAUAUUGGCACCAGUGCUUUAUAAAAUGGAGUGGAUUUUCAUCUGAUGAGAUUUUAUUGGAACCAACAAAAGCAUUAUUAAAAAAGCAAAUAUUUAUAAAAUCGAUGUCGGAUUUGGUAUCGUUUACUCGUCGGAGUUGGAGUAUACUUGUACAUAAAGAUGACGAUUUUGACCGUUUACCGCAAUUUUCUAGUGUUGAUUUCUAUAUUUGGGCCACUUCCACUGACGCUACGAAAGACCUCAAUUUUCUAACCUCUGUUUAUAAUUGGAUUAGUCCUAAAGAGAAGAUGAAUUUUGACACUGGUAAAGGUGACUUUAAGAAACAAAUAUUACUGGAUGCACAGUUAGAAAAUAUAGUAUUGAGGAGAACUAGAUUGUCUAUGCCUAAGGAACAGGUUGAUAAUGAUGAAGACUAUUGCAUACAACCAAAAAAAUCAAGGAAGAAUAAAGAUUCAACCGGUAAAAAGAUAAAAAGAUCACAAGUUGUGUCUAAGGAUGUUAAUUUCAAUCAAUCCAGAGAUAAUUAUACAAAUGACGAUGCACAAAUGGACGUAGAAACAUUUAUAAAUGAUAAAGAUCCUGUAGCAUCGAAGGUACAAGAUGAAUUCGAUUUUAAAUUUGGUGAUAUGCAAUAUGAUAGUAAUGAUAGCUUUAUUGUGGAUAAAGAAAUAAAAGCAUUAAACAAUGAUCUGAAAAAUGUAGUUAAAACUAACGAUAUAGCACCAGCAAUGGAUGAUAAUUUGCCGGUCUCUGAUGAUGAAAAACAUAACACAGAAGUAAAUGUAGAAGGCAAUAUUAAUAUAAGAGAAUCUCUUAGUGAUACGAAUAAUACAAGUGAUUAUGUUCUUAAGUAUAGUGAUAAUACAGACAUAGGUGACGAUACAAAAUCCGAUUUAAUUUCUAUUGAAAAUUCAGAAAACAUGAUCAAUGUCUCCGAUAGCAUAUUAAAACCAGAUAGUGUGAAUGAACAUACAAAUUAUCAAAUAAAAGCCGAGGAAAUAUCUAAGGAAGACAUAGAUGCCGAAACCCAUAAUGAUAGUGUACAAAAUUUAUUAAUAGAAGAUUUAAAAAAAGAAAAUGAUGAAUCCACCACAGAUAAGAAAAACGUACCAAAUGUUCAAUAUAAAUCAGACAUAGAUAGUAAGAUAAAUGAAAUGGAAGAAAAAGCUAUGAAGAAGUUCAAAGGAUCCUUACUAGAUAGUAUAUUUUAAUUAGUUAAUAGUUAAUAACUAUUGGAGAUUCUGGGAAGUUAUUGGCCAUAUUCACUCAAUCCAUGAAAGAACCAAAUGUGUUUUAUAUUAUUGUAUUUUCUUAUAGGUAUUUUCUUUUUAAAUAAUGGAAGACAAUAUGUUUAACAGUAAUGCUUACCAUUGAUCGAUACUCGAAAAUAAAGUAUCAAAUGGCAAAUAAAAGGGCCCAAUGACCUUUAAUGGAAAUUGUUGUUGUCAAUUGACUUCACAAAGGUGAAGGUUCUCAAUAAACUGUAUUUUUUGUUUGUUAUCUCAGACUUUUCGGCUGAUUUUAAUGAUUAUUUUUUUAUUCGAAAGCUGAUGUCUCCUGUGUGAGGUUCCGUAUAAAUUUGGUCUAGUUCUGACAAUUUGAACAUGGUUUAGUUUUUUUUCUUGAAAUAAUUGUGUCUAUAAAUUAAGGUGUCAAAUCUGACUUUAAAUAAUGUAUGACAUAUAUACAUAUUUAAAAUAUAAAUGAAAUAAUGUAAAAAUUUGUCAUAAAUUACUAUUGAGGCAUAAUUUAAGCAUUAAAUUAAGCUGUGAUACCUACACAGUUAUUGUUUUUUUUAUUGAUUGUCCAUGUUUUAUUUUUAAUCAAAUUCUAGAGUACAAUAUACUAUUUUUUUUAUAUUUAAUGAGUAUUCGAUGAAAUAAUUCAAUCGUAUUACAUUUUAGUUUUCUUUUUACAUACCUAAAUUUAGAUUUAAAAUUGUCUUGUUUGUCAUGAAGAUCUUUUAAAUCGAUUUUGUUGCCAGUGUAAAAUACUUGUUGCAAUUUUUAACAAAUAUGUUUGCUUUUCAUUCUUAUUUAAACACAAUAUAUUCCGUAGGUAAAUUUCUAUGUAAAUCUAUUUUCUUUUUGAAAAUAAAAAAUUUCAAAUAAAA